CACGGCCUAUCUCGCACCGACUUCAACAUUCUACCUGAUCCAGCAUUUAGCUUCUCGCGUAUUGUAAACUAUAUCCGUGAGCAUCUAUUGGCCCACGCAGCAACGCAUUUCAACACAUUGCCUAGCCAGCUGCCUUCUAGCCCCGCUCCACCCGGAUCCGCGCCCGUGACUGGUGAUAACAUACCCCUGGGACUUGUCGGUGAAGUUGCAAGUCGAGUACCUACGCGGGCCAAUGUAACGGCAGCUGCUUCUGCUGCAGCCCGAGCUGCAGCGAGCCGCCUUUCGGCAGAAGAUGCAGUUGCGACUACAGCAGUGAUUACAACAGCUGCUUCAUCCGAGUCUUCGAGCUCUCCUUCCUCCUUUCAUACUUCUGUCACGCCUGCAGCACCAGUAACUGCACCUAAACCAAUUCAAGUACCAGAAGCGACGGAAAAUUCAAAUUUACUUCCGAACACAGAACCAUUUCUUGAUAUGGCUCCCUCUGGCGCACCAAACGCCGUUCAACCUGGACUUAGUCCUGACGUUACAGGAGAAGAUUCGUCAAUGACCCCUGUUGACGCCAUCACACUGACCACAACUGCGACGAAUAAUUUUGUGGUUGAUAAUCCAAGCAAAGUCAAGCCUACUUCAGGCAUCCUUACCUCUGAGAAUUUAUCCCAGAAUAAUUCUCACCUCUCUGUCUUGAACGACUCUGCUCAAAUAAAAAAGAAUGUUAACUCUCCAAUUGAAUCAACGGGGAAAAAACGUCGCAUUGGUGAAGUCUCUGAUCAGAAUCAUUGUUCAAUCGAGCCCUCUCUUAUUUCACUUACAAAUGCUCUAAUAACCAAAGAGCCGGAAGUUCAAACAGGCUUGUCUGAUUCGGCUGAGGAAGAACAGCUACCCACUGCGAAACGUUCAAAACGUCUGUCAAAUCAACUUUCUCCCCAAGUGGUACAUCAACUUCCCAUGACUGAAGCUGUAUACGAGGCAGACAAUGGUAUUACAAAAUGCAGGGUAAAGGUACAAAAAUCAGGCAAUACAAAUAUUAACGAUCAUGAUGAUGCUAAGGAGGAGAUAUUAAAAUGGGAAAAAAUUAAGAAACCAAAGGAAAACUGUCAACCUACUUGUGAAGUUAGGAAACAUAAUAACUUAAUGAAGGUGGAUAGUAGAGAUAAGCCCAAAUUUUUGAAUGAAGGAAUAGACUAUCAGGAACAGAGGCAGAUAUUAGAAGAUAUCAAAAAGGAUAAUAUGGAGGAAAAAGAUGAAAGUGUGCGGGGAGUAGAACUUAAUUGUCUUUCGCAAUCUCCAGUUGCCGUUGGAAAAAGUCCCUCUCAUGAUGUGGAUGAUAUAACUGACGUCAAGCUGGAGGCUGAAACAUGCCCGUUUGGCGCAGUGGAAACUGUAGCCGUGACUAAUAUAAAGACGCAAGCUGAAAUGAAGUUGGACAGAUACGAAACUGCUGUGCUCUCCACAACUUCAGAAAUCGAUUCUGUCACCAAGGCUCUUCCCGAGUCUUCUGGUAAGAGCGAACCACUGUUUUUUAACAUAUGUUACUCUGAAAUAUAA